AAGGCACAUGUACGUUUUAACUACUGAAUCUGUUGAUUUACGGACUGAGUUAGUUCAUUUUUUUUUGGUUUUGAGUUUUCCUGCAGGUACUCAAGUAAUCAAAUCGAAUAUGUUCAAGACCCUCCAGACCUUCGACACGGAGCUCUCGGCCGACUCGGUCGAGUGGUGUCCACACGAAAAUUUCGCCGACCUCGUGGUCUGCGGCACGUACGAGCUCAAGGUCGAGGACGAGGGCAGCAGCAAGAGGGAGAGAAUCGGCCGGAUAUACCUGAUGAAGCUGAACGAGCAGCGCUGCGGCUUGGACGUGCUGCAAACGAUCGAAGUGUCGGCGGUACUGGACAUGAAGUGGUCGAGAACGUCGAGCAGUUCGCGAGUCAUGCUGGGUGUCGCGAGUGCCGAUGGCUGUUUGAGGAUCUACGAAUUGCAGCAGUUGGAGGAGGAGGAACCUCGGCUGAAACUGAUCGGUCAAACUCGCCUCGGGGAUGACGAAGAGGAGGAACGUCUGGCCUUGUCGCUGGACUGGGCCGCGGAUCAGACGCGCCUGACACUGAGCGAUUCCAAGGGAUGCGUGUCUUGCUGGCAGCUCCAGGCGGACACGGGCAAUUUCGAGCGGCUCGUCGAGUGGCCGGCCCACGACUUCGAGGCUUGGAUCACUUGCUUCGAUCUUCGCAACUCCGAGGUGGUCUACACCGGUGGCGACGAUCUCAAGAUGCGAAGCUUCGAUCUUCGCUCCGGACCGAUCGCGACCAACUCGCGAUCCCACGGCGCCGGUGUCACCAGCUUGCAGUUCCAUCCGACCAAGGAGCACAGCUUCGUGUCCGGCAGCUACGACGAGCAGCUCAGGCACUGGGACACGAGACAGCUGAAACGAGCCGUGCACGAGCUUCCACUGGGAGGAGGCCUCUGGAGGCUCAAGUACGAGCCGAGCCCGCGGCAGCCACCUCGUUACCUGCUGGCCGCGGGCAUGUACGGGGGAUUUUUCCUCGUUGACGUGCUUGACGAAGAGCAACCGAGGGUCGUCGAGAAUUUUCAGGAGCACAAGAGCAUCGCCUACGGAUGUGAUUGGUCGUAUCGUACCCGUGCGGAUGACGAUCCACCUUUAGUGGCUACUUGCUCGUUUUACGAUCACUGCCUCAAACUGUGCUCGAUCAAUACAGACGAGUGUUAA